AGUAAAGAUGGCGUCUAUUAUGGAAGGGCCGCUCAGUAAAUGGACUAACGUCAUGAAAGGCUGGCAGUACCGUUGGUUUGUCUUGGACUACAACGCAGGAUUACUGUCCUACUAUACGUCCAAAGACAAGAUGAUGCGUGGCUCCAGAAGAGGCUGCGUGCGUCUUCGGGGAGCUGUCAUAGGUAUCGACGACGAGGACGACAGCACUUUCACCAUCACCGUAGAUCAGAAGACCUUCCAUUUUCAAGCCCGUGAUGCAGACGAGAGGGAGAAGUGGAUCCACGCCUUAGAGGGUACGAUUCUUCGUCACACCCUUCAGCUGCGGGAGGCAGAGACGGGGUUUGUUCCUAGUGUUCAAGAUUUUGACAAGAAGCUUGCAGAGGCAGAUGCAUACCUGCAGAUUCUGAUUGACCAGUUAAAAAUUUUUGAUGAAAAAAUUAAGGACUGCAAAGAAGAUGAGUCACGUAAAAAAAUUGAGGCUCUGAAAGGAACUACUUGUAGUAUGGUAGAAUCCAUCAAGCACUGUAUAGUAUUGCUGCAAAUUGCCAAGGAUCAAAGUAACGAACAACAACACGCACACGGACUGAUAAGCACCAUCAACCCCGUGGAUGGGAUUUAUCAGCCCAGCCCUCUGCAGUCUGACGUAGUAAACACCAUGCCAACGCAAACCACCCUUCCCACAGACAGUGCGCAGGUGGGCAAAGUGGAACACCGGCCCUCGUCCCUCCCUGUGGGACCAGUAAUCACCGUAAUGGGAAACCUGCAGACCCCCACGCCAAACAGCACAGCCAGCGGCCCCUCUGCCCCCAGCAGUAGUGUCACCUCACCAAGCCACAUGAACCUCUCCUCCAACACAGUCCCCGAUUUCUCCUACUCCAGCAGUGAAGAUGAGUUCUAUGAUGCUGAUGAGUUCUACCAGAGCAGCUCCUCACCCAAGCACUGCUCAGAUUCCUCAAGGACUCUUGUUGCCUUACCACACACCAGUACAGGAACGGCUAUGAAGCGACCAGAUACCAAUGAAUCCAUCAGUUCCUCCAUGUCCAAUGGCACCAGUGAUGCAGUGUUAAGCCGUAAUCAGCGCGUGACACCAGUGAUGUUGUCGGCAGACCAGUUUGACAGUCACGACGAUCGUGACGAUGAUGGCGAGGGCGAAUCUGUAGAGGAGCACAAAAGUGUCAUCAUGCACCUGCUGUCCCAGGUUCGGCUGGGCAUGGACCUCACUAAGGUCGUUUUGCCAACAUUUAUUUUGGAGAGAAGGUCAUUGCUGGAGAUGUAUGCUGACUUCUUUGCACAUCCAGAUUUAUUUGUUAGUAUUGCAGACCACGCUGAGCCCAGGGAUCGCAUGGUGCAGGUAGUGAAAUGGUAUCUCUCAGCCUUUCAUGCGGGAAGGAAGGGGUCUGUGGCCAAGAAGCCCUACAACCCAAUCUUGGGAGAGAUCUUUCUCUGUCACUGGGACCUGCCUUUGGAGAGUGAUGAAAGUGUGACUAUGGAGCCAGUGUCUGAAGGCCCAGUGCCAUGGUGUGGGAAGAACAGUGUGUCUUUUGUAGCAGAGCAGGUCUCCCAUCACCCCCCGAUAUCUGCAUUCUAUGCUGAAUGUUUCAGCAAAAAAAUUCAGUUCAAUGCCCAUAUCUGGACCAAGUCAAAGUUCUUAGGAAUGUCCAUUGGAGUUCAUAAUAUCGGUCAAGGAUGUGUGUCUUGUCUGGAACAUGAUGAACACUACAUUCUGACUUUCCCAAAUGGCUAUGGCAGGUCAAUCUUGACUGUCCCCUGGGUAGAGCUCGGUGGAGAGUGUACUAUCUCCUGCUCUAAGUCCGGCUACAGCGCCAACAUUGUGUUCCAUACAAAGCCCUUCUACGGUGGGAAGAAACACAGGAUAACAGCAGAGAUUUUUUCUCCAAAUGACAAGAAGCCCUUCUGUUCCAUUGAGGGGGAGUGGAAUGGCGUGAUGUAUGCUAAAUUGGCAUCGGGGGAAAAUUCUCUAUUCAUUGACACUAAAAAAAUUGGUAUCAUCAAGAAGAAAGUGAGAAAACUGGAGGACCAAUUAGAAUAUGAAUCUCGCAGACUGUGGAAGGAUGUAACAGAAAAUCUGAAGCUGAAAGACAUUGACACAGCUACUGAGGCCAAACACCGACUGGAAGAGAAGCAGAGGGCUGAAGCCAGGGAGAGGAAGGAGAAGGAGGUGCAGUGGGAGACCAGGCUGUUUCAUGAAGACGGAGAGUGUUGGGUAUAUGAUGAACCUCUACUGAAAAGAACAGCUGCAAAAGGCACUAAGUGAGAGAGACUCUGAAACAAUGAGUGUUAAAGAACUCCUAUAGAACCAUCUCUUACCUAUGCCUUGGAAGGACUGAUAACUGAAACAUAUUCUACUUUGCAUUUUCAAAAUUAAAACUGAAACCAAGAAGAAAAAUAUUUUCUCAAUACAGAAACAUGUCCAUUUCCACCAACCACAGAUUCAUCAACUCCAGCAGUCAAUGCUACUGUCAAGACCAAACAAAACAACUUGGAAUAGAAACCCCACACAUGCAAAUAAGCACCUACAAUCUCACUGGAGGUUCCUGCUAGGAUCUCCUUUUCCCCAGGAAGGGGCAGUGGGAUGUUUGGAUCAAACAAACCUUGUAUCUCAGGGAAACUGCUUACUGAGGAAUGAGAUGCAACUCCAGGAGUUUGGGAGCCUUAUCGGUGACACCACUGGUGGAGAACAGUGGUAAUCAAGAAUUUUGAGGAUAUGAAAUUACUGGUGACAAAUCAAAAUAUUUAAUUAUUCCUUUUCUCCCUGUUUCACUGGGAAAAAUGCUUAAUCUUGACUUUCAUCCAUCAUUAUUUCCAUACUUUUUCAAAAGGAUAUCACAGUCCCCGCUAUGAAAAAAAUCUAUUAACAAUUUUGUUGUUUUUUUUUUUUUUUUUUGUUCUCUUUUUCAACCUAUUUCCAAAGGAUGGGUUUUAGGAUGCUGCUAUACUUAUCUGGUUCAGUAUGUAUAUCCUUGGCAAUCUAGAUUUGCUGUAAAAAUAUUUGUCCACCAGGUACGCCUUUGGGAAACACACCAUAGGCAAUGCUCAUCUUGAAGUCCUGGGCUAUGCCACUGACCAAGCCCUUAAAAAUAUUUAACACAGUUAAUAUUUCAACUCAAGUAUAAAGUUACAUUUCAAUUAAUGGCAUAAACCAUUAGCUGUCAUGGCCACUCCUAUUUCAUUCAAUACAGUUGGCAGGUGUUAUCCAGUAGGUUCACAAGUGAGGAACUGGCUUCUUCUUUUCACAUUGUCUUAGGUGCAGUCAGCUCCUCUGUUGAACAUAUUGAUUAACAAGCUGGCAGUGCCAAAGUCCCAUUGUGGAGAGGACUUGACCGGUAAUCUGACACAUGAAAACACUCAUAGUUGUCUUCUUAGAUACAUCCUGGUAAUUGAACCUGCUUCCACUGUAACAUUUUUUACUCAACAAUAUAAAUAGAAUAGGUAUUUUUUUCUCUGUCUAAAGUAGGCAAAAUCUCUUUUUGAGACUGAUAAUGCAAAAGCCAUUUUUCCUUUUCUAUGUUAUUGUAAAUGAAUACUCAAUCGAGGCCUUGCCAUUCAUUUUAGUAUUACUUGCUUGAAACGAGCAAUCAAAAUGUAUUUUUAUUUUGCAUUUUCUUCAAAUCAUAAUUGAUUGUAUCAGAUUCUCAUAUGUAUUGAUGCAAAUAUUAAACCUCUAUGAGUUUA